AUUUUUCUAUUUCUACUUCUAUUUAUACUUGGCUUUACAUAUGUUUUUGUUAUAAUGAUUUACAGGUAAUGAUGAUUUGAGGAUUUUUGCAAUAAUUUUAUUCUACAUAAAUUUGGGAUUCCCAUGUCUACGUAAUACUUAUGUAUCGAUUCAAAUUCGAAUUCAAGUGGUUUCAGAUAAUUAUGAUUUCUUUAGCGUCAUCUACCCCUACUGCAAAAGCCGUACCACCCGGUACCAACCCACCUUGACAUAAUUCACUCACCCUGACCUAUUAUUGAUCACAACUGUUUUGAAAUGGGUGCAAAAGUGUGCAAACCGUGCAAAAAGCGGAAAGGUAAUAUUUUCCAAGGGGGCUCUAUUCUCGAUCGGGUUAUUAGCCAAGCAUCGAACCAAGACCAAUGCCUACUUUAUGAUUUAGCAAAUUAUAAGAAAGGGGGCGAAUUAAUCGACGCAUACAAUGCGAAGGGUCAAGCCGAAGUGGAAAAAUUGAUCCGUGAACAAUUUAGCCAGUUCAUGUAUCAGGAAGGCAAAGGCCAGAUCAUCAACAGAUCGGAGUAUUUGAGGUGGAAAUUCCGCGAUCACGAGCAAGUUAUUCUUCCAAUUGAGGCGUCUUUGAGCCGGUAUGAUCCCCUCGCGAAGUGGACAGACCACGAGGCUUGCUGGCAGAUGAAAUACAGAGGCUCCUUAGGCGAGUCUUUGCUUCAUGUUCUUAUAAUUUGCGAUACAAAAAUUCACACUAGACUAGCUAGAACUCUGAUUAAAUGUUUCCCUAAACUGGCCCUCGAUGUUGUUGAGGGCGAAGAGUACCUAGGGGCGAGCGCCCUACAUCUAGCUAUCGCUUACAACAACAAUGAGUUAGUCCAAGACUUGGUCGAGGCGGGAGCAAAUGUGAAUCAGAGAGCCAUUGGUAGUUUUUUCCUCCCUAGGGACCAACAACGGCAAAAACCGGCCAAACACACCGAAUACGAAGGUCUUGCCUAUUUAGGGGAAUACCCCUUAGCGUGGGCCGCUUGUUGCGCUAAUGAAAGUGUCUACAAUUUGUUGUUAGACAGCGGAGCUCACCCCGACUAUCAGGACAACUUCGGAAAUAUGAUUUUGCACAUGGUUGUGGUUUGUGACAAGUUGGACAUGUUUGGUUACGCUUUGAGACACCCGAAGCUACCGGCAAGUAAUGGAAUUGUGAAUAAAGCAGGACUAACUCCCCUAACUCUGGCUUGUAAGUUAGGCCGAGCUGAAGUUUUUCGCGAAAUGUUGGAACUUUCAGCUAAGGAGUUUUGGAGGUAUAGCAACAUCACGUGUUCGGCGUAUUUUUUAAAUGCUUUGGAUACAUUACUACCGGAUGGACGCACAAACUGGAAUUCAGCCCUGUUUAUUAUUUUAAACGGAACUAAAGAAGAACAUUUGGCUAUGCUUGACGGUGGAAUUAUUCAAAGAUUAUUGGAAGAAAAAUGGAAAACAUUUGCACGCAACCAAUUUUUGAAACGACUUCUUAUCCUCGUUGUUCAUUUGUUAUUUCUAUCUUUGGCUGUUUACUUGAGACCGGAAGACCCAGACGAGUCUCUUUUAACUUGGUCUGAUGAUGUAACACUAAUAGCUAGAUACGUGUGUGAAGUUGGCACAAUUUUAGGUGUCCUCAGUUAUUUAGUUUUGCAACAAGGGGAUGAAAUCCGUAAUCAAGGACUUACUGCAUUUUUGAAACAACAACUGAACUCACCCCCGAAAUUAAUUUUCCUUAUUUCGAAUUUUCUCAUCUUGGCUUGUAUUCCAUGUAGAUUAUAUGGUGACAAAGAAACUGAGGAGGCUAUUUUGUGUUUUGCAGUACCUGGAUCUUGGUUUCUUCUUAUGUUUUUUGCAGGAGCCGUGCGUUUAACUGGUCCUUUUGUCACAAUGAUUUACAGCAUGAUUACCGGCGAUAUGUUGACUUUUGGGAUCAUUUACACGGUUUUUUUAUUCGGUUUUUCGCAGUCGUUUUAUUUUCUCUAUAAGGGAUUUCCCGGCGUUAAAACUUCUUUAUAUAAUACUUAUAUAUCGACUUGGAUGGCUUUAUUCCAAAUAACUUUGGGCAAUUAUGAAUAUUCAGAGUUAGGUGCAACCACGUACCCGGCUGUAAGCAAAACAGUCUUUGCCAUCUUCAUGGUUUUUGUUCCAAUUUUACUACUUAACAUGUUAAUCGCCAUGAUGGGCAACACCUACGCUCAUGUUAUCGAACAAAGCGAAAAAGAGUGGGUCAAACAAUGGGCUAAAAUAGUCAUAGCCCUAGAACGAGCAAUCCCACAAUCCGACGCCCAGCAUUAUUUACAAGAGUACAGUAUUUCACUAGGACCUAGUGAACAAGAUCCUAGUAUCGAAAAACGCGGAGUUUUGGUUAUUAAAUCCAAGAGUAAAACACGAGCAAAACAAAGAAAAGGAGCUGUGGCCAAUUGGAAGAGAGUAGGUAAAGUAACAAUAAACGCUCUCAAAAAGCGAGGUUUAACCGGUGAAGAAAUGCGUUGUUUGAUGUGGGGCCGCGAGUCUAUUAAUACACCAGUGAAAACAAAGAAACCUGUGAAAGACCCUCUGCUUGACCCGCAAGGGCCAAAUUUAACUGGUGGUUUCGGGGAUGCUUUAACCACAGCUUUGGAUGUUAUGACUUUCACGCACGAUUUGGAUAUUGUGGGGGCUUCCCAGGGCCUAAAUUUGGCCACGAAUCCUAAAUCUGGUCCACCGACAACAACAGCGAGUGCGGUGGCUGUCAAUAACCAGAUAAAUUCAGCUUUGAACGCUCAACAGACUGGAGUGGGAGCCUUGGCUAUGAUAGGAACAGUGACCCAACUUACCGAAUCUCAGGGGUAUAACACCAUGCCAAAUAAUGUYAAAAAAGACGAAAAAGURGCAAGUUUGGAAGACCCUUUCAGGGAACUUGUAAUAAACGCUAAUGACAGUAAUUGCGACCCGGAAAAAUUAAAAAUGCUUGCGUUGUCGGCCGCAAAUUUAAAAGAUUGCGAAGAGUUAUCAAUGACAAAGCCACAAACGAAAAGUGUUAAAAGUUUAGCUGGGAUUUUUMCCGGAACUGAGACUUUCGUGAGAAAAGUUGAGGAAACAAUUAAAAAGAAAUAUGCGGCUUUAGAUCCAAGUGAUAGUGAAAGUUUUGGGGAGCCUCCUCUGCUAGGAAAAAUUGCCAGGACGAAAAGGGCCAAAUCGGCAAAUGUGCGAAACUCCUCAGCUCGAUCUAAAGCUUCAGAUAAGAAAAAACUGGUGCCGGGAUCACAAUCAAGCUCCACUGAUACGGUCAAUAAUGAAACCAAUGAAAAAAAUGUCGAAAWCUCUGAUUUAGACUAUGCUGAAGAGAGGAUAAAGUUGGUGAAAGAGUCGUUAAAACAGGUGGUUGACGUUGCCCAAAUCAGACCAAUUAAUAUCGAUGUGGCCCUUGAGGAAAACGUGUCGGUCACAAUUUCGGAAACGGUGCGAGUUCAAGGCUCCGGUGAAGGUGCCGAAGUUCAGUCAUCCAACAUCAAACCAAAUAAGCGUAAAAAACGGAGUAAAACUGCGAGAAACAAUAAGGUUGCGCCCGCGGUUGAACCGAGACCUUGCCGGUCAGCCAACGAUCACUUCGACUCCGAUGAUACUGACUCACCUGACCCUUUAGAACCCUGGAGUACAAAAAAAAUCGCAAAUAUGAAUAAGAUUCUCGCUUGGGAGAAUGACCAAGACAGCAUGUAAUCUUUCAAACUUGUCAAAUAAAAUUUAUUUUUUUGCUUGU